AUUCAUCUGAUUUCUUUAGAAACUAGGUUACGUGCUGUGUUGCUCUUGGUUUUGUUCUUAGCUGUUGUUUUAAUUAGAGUUUAUAUUUACAAUCGGACGGAUACUAAUGGCGAUUCAGUUAGAACUAAUCUGUCAAGGGAACAAAUCGAGUCUUUCGGCUUGGAGGAUUGGAGAAGAGUGUUCAUUCCGAGCUACAGCGGCCCCCAUUCCGAAUGUCUCGCUGCUCAGCCCAAAAGAAGUGACAUUUUCAGAGAAGAGAAAAAAGAAUUUAUCAAAAAGGAAUUGGAGUUCUUGCAGAGUUACGACUACCUCACAAAGAAAGUGUUCAACUCCAAGCCCAAUGUCGUAUUCGUGGCUGGCGCCGAAGGUUCAGGACAUCAUUUCAUGGCGAGUGCUUGGGAGAGAAUAUGUUCGGAGAAAGAAUCACCGAACAGUUUUUGUUACCCAGAGACCAGUUUCAACAGCAUAGUGCUGUGUCACGAGUACCAAAGGGAACAAUUGAACCCAAGAGCAAUUGGAGAACUCAGAUUGGCCGCUAGACAAUACAAAGGCAAACUGAUGAUAGUCAACACCUUCGGUGAGUCCGGACAAAUGCAUUCAUAUCCGUUCUGCAAGAGUAAGGAAAAAAUAGCGAACCCAGAUAUUCGCCAACUGGCAGAGCUCUACGAAAGUGCUGGCUUCGACUUCCGAGUCGUUCUACUAGAUCGCACUCCGGAGUCUAGCAUGGCCUCCCUGUUGAUAAGCAGAGGUAUGAGGCACAAGCAACAGUUGAUGUGGCAGGCACAGGAGAUGACGGCUGGCUUACAGGCUUUGAACAUGCAACUUUCCAAACUGGAUCCCAGGUUUCUCGCAGGUGCUGUCUCGCUAGAGAGACGCAAACGAGAAAACAAAGACAACGCCUACCUCCAUCUGGAAAAAUCACUUAGUUUAUCCAGCGACUCAUUAAAGAAGAUGUUUAAGGGUUUCCACAGCAAGGAGCCACAAUGCAUUGACAGUGCUAAUGAAGAUCAAACUCAAUUAGAGAAGCAUUUGGUCGAUUUGUACAAACAAUACUACCAAUACCACACUUGUUAUGUCAGUCCAUUGUUGAGUUAGCCAUUCUGGGCUCCACGUGAGAUGUUAUAACCAAAUUCAGAUACCUUUAUAAAGUACAGUUUUAUUACAGUAAUAAAAAAAUAGUUUUGGAUUGAAAUGUAACAAACGAGACACUUAUGCAGUUUGACGUAAAGUCUCGUUGGAUUGACUUUGUUGCUACUCGGGUCGAGGUCCUCACUUUAUACUUCGACCUUCAUGACAAAACUUCGGUUUUUCAAAUGUGUAUUAAAAUUUGUGUGUACAUGUUGGCAAAAAACUGCCGCGAAUGCAAUUGUGUAUUAAAAUUUAUUUAAAAUAACUAGGAUUUUUUUAUUCCGA